GGGUUGAAGAACCUUCCUCGGAGGCAGGCUAGAGUGAGCGAGAGGAGAGAGACGAAGAAAGGAACAGAAGAUUGAGAGAAGGAUUUGGGAUUGUCGCUUGGACAAGAAAUCCCCUUCCGAGUCGACUCGUCCCAGUCCCGAGCCUUUGAUCAUCGUUUUGUUUUUAUCGUGCUCGGAUUUGGAUAGGGUUCCUUCGUCGUAACCCUUUCCAAUUCGUCCUCCAAUUUCCUCGGUGUGGAUUAAUCUACCGCAUGCACGUCUGGAAUUUCGUUGCUUCAUUCAGAUCUCGCAUUGCGGAUUUGGAUUUUAUCUUUCUGGUCGUGAUGGCCUCCUAACGUAGCAGUUCCAGAGUAUCAAUUCUUAACCCUAUUGCUGGUUUCGUCCUACUCUUUUUUCUCUCCUGGAUCCGUAGUAAGAUUGGGUGCUUCCUUUUGGUUAAUGAUCAUUGCGGAACUAGGAAUUGGUCUUCCACAAUCAUCAUUGGCGCCGGAGCUCGGCAACUUCUGGGGAGGAAAAAGCUUUCUUCCACUGCCUUCUCUGUUGCCCUCUGCAAAGCCAUCUGAUCCCAGCCAAAGUUGAUGUCUCGAAAACUAGACAGCCCAGUUCAAACCCAGAUGGCUGUGGCAGUUAUGAGGAGUCCACUUGGUGGGGAAUACCAUGUGAGCAGCAGUGUGCAAGGGAGGCAACCUGCUGGGAGGAGACGUGUUUUUGUGCAAACUGAAACUGGGUGUGUCUUGGGCAUGGAAUUGGAUCGAAGUGACAAUGCCCAUACUGUGAAGAGGAAGUUACAGCUUGCACUUAACGUUCCAACGGAAGAGAGCUCACUAACAUUUGGGGAUACAGUUUUGAAGAAUGAUCUUAGUGCAGUUCGAAAUGGUUCUCCCCUUCUCCUUACACGGAAUAUUAUGCACAGAAGCUCAUCUACACCUUGCCUGUCACCCACUGGAAGGGAUAUUCAACAUAGGGAUAGGAGUGUUCCUAUUGAGAUCUUAGGACAAUCAAAUCGCCUUGACAGAAUGAAUGAACUGGCUAAGGAAAUUAUGAAGGCUAUAAGCAACGGGAUUGAUCCUAUUCCUGUUCAUAGUGGGCUUGGAGGUGCGUACUAUUUCAGGAACAGUGGAGGUGACAGUGUUGCAAUAGUUAAACCAACAGAUGAGGAGCCUUUGGCUCCAAACAAUCCAAAAGGCUUUGUUGGUAAAGCUCUUGGACAACCAGGUUUGAAGCGUUCAGUUCGAGUUGGUGAAACAGGGUUCAGGGAAGUUGCAGCUUAUCUUCUUGACUAUGAUCAUUUUGCAAAUGUUCCGCCAACUGCCUUGGUGAAGAUUACUCACUCAAUCUUCAAUGUCAAUGAUGGGGUCAGUGGGAACAAUUUCCAGAGGAAGAGGCUAGUUAGCAAGAUUGCAUCUUGUCAGCAGUUCAUACCUCAUGAUUUUGAUGCCAGUGAUCAUGGGACAUCUAGCUUCCCAGUUGCAGCUGUGCAUCGUAUAGGGAUAUUAGACAUAAGGAUUCUAAACACAGAUAGGCAUGCUGGAAACUUGUUAGUUAGGAAACUUGGAGUAGGAAAAUUUGAUCAGAUGGAGCUAAUUCCUAUUGAUCAUGGGCUUUGUUUGCCUGAAACUUUGGAGGACCCUUAUUUUGAGUGGAUUCAUUGGCCUCAGGCUUCCAUUCCUUUCUCUGAAGAGGAGCUUGAAUACAUUAAGAAACUUGAUCCUGCUCAAGACUGUGAGAUGCUACGAAUGGAAUUGCCCAUGAUUCGAGAAGCUUGCUUGAGGGUCUUGGAACUUUGCACCAAUUUCCUCAAGGAGGCUGCUGCUUAUGGUCUGUGUCUUGCUGAAAUUGGUGAGAUGAUGACGAGGGAAUACCAUCGCGGGGAGGAGGAGCCCAGUGAACUUGAGGUUAUAUGUUUGGAGGCAAGGAAGAUGUUAGCUGAGAGAGAGGAGCUAUCUCCAAGGAGGACUGAGCUGGGAGGUGAGGAAUUCCAGUUUGAUUUAGACUGUGACGAAGUUGGAUCUGAUUUCUCUUCCAAGAUCUCGGUUGAUGAUUUUUUUAGCAGGGCAUCUUUUCUGCCUGGUCUUGUUAAUGGACACAGCCGCAACCCACUUUCUAAACUAGAGGAGACUAUAGAGGAGGAAGAGGACGAAAGCGAUGGAGAAGAUGUCGGGCUUGUCACCCUUCCACCUCAAGAAAUAAACCCAACUAUUUCUGAAAUUUCAAUGUCACUUAAAAAUACUAUGUUAGAUGAGAAAGAAGAGAAACGCCAGAAAUCUUCAGCAGGGAAAGUUGAUACUGGCUAUUUUGGUAAUACAUCAACAUCUGGUCAUAAGAGUGCCAAUGAGCAGCUUCCUGCAAGCAUAAGCUUUGUGAAGCUUGCAGAUAUGGCUGAAGAUGAGUGGAAUGUGUUUCUGGAAUUGUUCCGGGAGCUUCUGCAUCCGGCAUUUGCCGAAAGGAAAUCCAUAUUAGGUCAAAGGCAGAGACAGAGGCUUGGUACUUCGUGCCAGUUUUGAAGUUGAGAGCAAUACGAUGGUAAUGAUAUGGUAGAGGACUGUAGGAAUGAAGAAUAAAUGCUUUAUAGGUGUAUCAGAAUGAAGGAUUUGUUAGGAUAGGCUUGGGUUGGAAGCUUCAAACGAGUGCUUUGUAGCUGGGGGGAGAGAACACGAAGUGGUGCUGUAAAUAUUCUUGGCGUUUGCUCAGUAGUAAGCCUAGUAGGUUGUAUUUUUUAUAUGAUAUCAUGUCCUUUUUUUGUCUGCCGAGUUUCCUAGGUCAUGUUUGAUAAAUAAUUUUUAGUCUUCGUGAAAUGAAACUCAUGUAUAUAUUGAA